AUUAAGUUCAAUUUUCAAUAAUAGCACAACUUUUAAUAUUAAAACGGAAACGAGAGUCUCGGACUCCAUUACCUUGAACCUCUCAAACCCGAAGCAAGUUCUUCUUCAACCUCAACAAACCCCAAGCAAGUUCCGUGUCAUGGACGCUCCAAACACCAAGCGACCUCGCCAUGAUGUAACCUCCUCCCUCCAAAACCCUAAUUCCCUUCCGAUCUCCAGUCAGAGCCACUUCGAUUUGAUUAUCUCUUCUCUACUCUCGUUUUCUUCCGACUCGUCGCCUUCGUUAUUAUCCUCGCCGCCUUCAAUUGGCCGCUCAUUCGAUCGAGCUUUAGAAAAAGCUCUCGCCUCCAAUUCCGCUGAUGUCUCCGUUCAGGAUCGCCUCGUCGAUCGCACCGUCGAACUCGCCUCGCUUCUUCUCGAGUCCACUCAACGGUGUUUCCGUAAGCGAGCCUCCGUUCACAAUUCCAAUUCAUGGUCCUUCCCUCAAGAACUCACCGUUAAGAUGUUUUCGAUGCUUGAUAAAAAGUCUCUGAUGCGAGCUAUGGCAUGCUGCACCAUGUUCCACAAGUGUGCCAUGGAACCUUUAUGCUACUCUCACAUCGAGCUGAGGGAGAGAAACGUUGAUGAUGGAGUUGUGCGUACCAUGAUCCAUCGGGCUGGGAAAGAACUCAGAUCCCUUGAACUUGGUCAUGCUGCUAGUCCAGUUAUAUCUCCUAAGUCUCUGCUUACAGAAUCUUGUCUUUCUCCACUAUCCUUUAAUCAUUGUUUCAUUGGGAAUCGCUUGAGAAGUCUACACCUUUACGAUCUGAUACAUACAUAUGAGAAUUCCUCUGUUGCUGCAUUGUCAGCUUGUUCAAAUAUCACCGAUUUGAAGAUUGUUGGAAUGUCCUGUGACCAGCUAUUCGAGUCGCUUCCAAGAAAAUCAUGUCGCAUGAUAGAGCACCUAUUCUUAGAGACCUCUGGUUUCCCACAUAGUUCAAUAAGAGAUUCAGGCUUGGUAGAGUUCGUGACCAACAUCCCCAACUUAACCUCGCUAACGCUCAUAGGUUUUGGAGUAAAUGAUUCAAUAGCCCAAACUCUUGUCGAGGGCUCUCGUAAACUUAACUACAUGAAUCUGUCUAGAACCCUAAUCAAGGGUCGCUUUUUGAGGGAUUUGGAACAAAGCUUCAAAGACAGUCCACUCGAGACUCUGAUAUUGCGUGAUUGCAAUUCUCUAGAGGAGAAAGAAGUUUCCCAGUUUCUGAACUCGCUAUUCACAGGAAACCUGAGUUUCAUUCGGCACAUUGACGUUUCAAAUAUCCGUGGCUUAGUUUGUGAUGGUGGCAAGAGAUCUAAGAAACCAAACCUUCCUCUGGAGAAGCUGAAAGAAGAAAGAUCAAAUGUCAAAUUUAUGGCAGAUUUUACCUCUUCAUUAUCAAGAUCAGAAAUGCUAUUGCGCGGCAUUUCUUACGACAGCGAUGAAGAGGAUGGAUGGGCAAUAAACCCUGGGUUUGAAAGCGAUGAUGAUAUUGGUAUGGCAGACUUUGUUGUGGAUCAAGAUUUUCUUUAAUCAUUAGCAUUUCAUGUUAGCAUCUAUUUAUACAGUAAAACUUAUUAUGGUUUUUAGUGGCAGAAACAAUAAUGUGGGUUUUCUAUAAUAUUGUACUAUCUUGGUUGUCAAAGCAGAACUUCGAAUGGAUGUAAAUUGAUAGACAUUUAAAUUUUAGUUUAAAAUUUAUUUAAACAGCUAUAAAAUAAUUCUACAACAAGUUCC